GAAAUAACAGUGAAAUAGAUGAUGAUGUCAUCGUUCCAGAUGGUCUUCGCAAAAAUUAUCCAAAAAAUAUUGAAUUUGAUCAGUUACCCAAUCGUAUCAAUAAAUUGUUUCCGCAAUUGUUUGAAAUCGUAACUAAAAAAACGAAAAGUACUUAUAGAGAUUUAGCAAUGGAAGUAUAUAAUGAG